UUGCCUCCUGGGUAAGUGACCUCCAUGACCUUCAGCCUUCUCCUGCCCCAUCUGGCAACCCCAAGCUCCUUGGAUGCCCCCGAGCCUGGCCCUACCAAGGGCAUGGUGGAUGCCAAGCACUGGAGGCUGCCCCCUUCCUGCCACCAGGGCGACCCUGAAGCCAGUUUUGCCUGAGCCAGUGGUGGCAGGAGCAGAAGGGAAAAGAAUGAAGCCUGGGAGAGGUGAAGGGCAUGGGCCAGGAGCUGGCACGUCCUGGACAGCACACCCUGGGCUCCCUCUCCUACCCUAGCUUCCAUUUUUGGCUCCAACCUGCCAAGGUGGGCAGGAUUCAGCCCCACAGCUAAGUCGGGAGCAUAGGGAAGAAUUCGGGGAGGUCAGCUGAGGUGAGGUGCAAAGGAUGUCACUGGCAAUAUUAUUACUUAUUACUACGGUUGUUGUUGAGAGUGGGGUACUUUGGGGAGAUCAGCUUAACUGCACAACUGGAGAAAUGCCUGCGAUUGGAUUUGAGGGGACAUGAGGGGAAGUUGGCUGCAGAGGGUGGGGCCCUCCCUCUCCACAGUGGCCCUGGCCACCGGGAACCUUGUCCAGUUCGGGGUGAUGAUCGAGAAGAUGACAGGGAAGUCUGCCCUGCAGUACAACGACUACGGCUGUUACUGCGGCAUCGGAGGCUCCCACUGGCCAGUGGACCAGACUGACUGGUGCUGCCAUGCCCACGACUGCUGUUACGGGCGUCUGGAGAAGCUGGGCUGUGAGCCCAAACUGGAAAAGUAUCUUUUCUCUGCCAGCACACGUGGCAUUUUCUGUGCCGGCAGAACCACCUGCCAGCGGCUGACCUGCGAGUGUGACAAGAGGGCUGCCCUCUGCUUUCGUGACAACCUGGGCACCUACAACCGAAAAUAUGCCCAUUACCCCAACAAGCUGUGCACCGGACCCACCCCACCCUGCUAAGGCUGUGCUCAGCCUCCUCCCUGCCCCUCAAGGUCCCACCUCGAGCUGCUGCAGUCCCAGACCUGGGGAACAUUGACGUCAAAGGCCCUCCCUCUGGAAAAUUCCUUUCCUGCAAACCCAGCCCUGCCUGAGAGUUCAGAGAUGUGGCCUGGACCAUCACUAACCUCCAGGCUACCUCUCCUCUGUAGAAAGAACCCUGCCCCAGGAGCCAUGGGCCCUUCAGCACCCAGGAGACUGUCACCCACUCCUGGGAUCUCAGCUCCCUCUUCUGAAUAAGUGAAUAAUGUUUUCCCAUAAUUCUAAUAUUCUUUGAUUCUUAGAUUCUAUCCAUCGUUCUAGGAUUUAAUUCCCUACAGUUUCAUUCAUUCAUUAUUUCUCUCAUCACCUACCUUGUGCCAACAAUGUGCUAAGCCCUGGAAUCCGUGGGAACAAGUCUGACACAGGUGGCCCCGUCUGUGAUUCCAGCAUUAAAUUCUCUUCAUUUUCCAUGACACUACGUUUCUGUGACUCUCUUUUUUCUAA